GACGUGAACAUUGCACGCCUUUUGUGGAUUUUUAGAAUUCCUUCUUUCUUUCUGCCAUAUAUCUGUCUGUCUGUUUUGAAUUAUUUCUUGUCUGUAUUUCUUCUUCGUGUUUGUAGAAAGCUGAUGUUGUUACACAUGUAUUGUGUUUUUCAUGUUUCGUCAAGGAGGGAUGGAUGCUCCUUCCCCCAAAAAAGACAGAAAUGGAAAGCUGGAAGUUGGCAGUGAUUUUCAUCAGAGAAGUCUACAGUGAUUUGUAUAGGCUUUAUGGUAGAAAGUUUGCAAUGCUCUUUUUGAAAGAGACCUAUUGAAGAGGUAGAAAGUUAUACUCUGUUUGUUGUCCUGGAAGGAUUGGGGUCCUAGGUCCCAAAGGGCUCAGCGGGAAGAAUAGAAAAGAUGUUCAGUUUUAUUUUUACAUGCAUGAAAUCUGUGCUUCAUUGCAAUCAUCAAUUUACUCUUUUCUGUCUCAGGUUGUAGAUAAGGUGGUAGAAUUGAGUUGAAUUAGGCAGGUGUUUAGAAAGUUUCUUGGGAAUAGGAAUUAACUCACUCAAUGUUUAUGCAUAGAAAUGUAGCUGGGGUGGAUGUGGUUGCUGUCAGCUAUUCAGGUUUGCUACCUGAUCACCUCCUGAAGAUGUAGGAUAAGGACAGAAUCCAAGCCUAAAAGAAAAACAAAGAAUUGAAAGUUAUAGGGGUGGGCAGCUAAGAAAUAUAAAAGGCUGGUAGAAAUCGUUUUCUUAAGAAUGUGUUUAGAGUACAGAUAUUCAUUUUAAUUUUUGAUUUCUUUAAGUUUUUUGAUGUUUGAUUUUCUACCAGUAUGACACUCAGCCUCUCAAAACAAGAAGGACAUUCCCCAAAGUUGAAAUGAAUCUGUAUAAGAUUUCGUUCAAAUGCAGAAUAAAUUCAAAUGAUUCCUAACCCCUUCUCAUCUACUUUGGAGAUAGAAACUGCUAUGAUUGUUUUAAGUAAACAGAGAAGUGGAGAUGACAGGAAAUCAUUUUUCAUUUGUUAAAAAUCAGAAAACCUUUGACACACUUUAAGAUAAAUACACCUACUCCUUUGAUCCUCUGUGUAUUUAUUACCACAGGGCUUAAAUAUCUUAAUAAGAUUUUAGUUAAUGUCAUUUUCAUGAAAGACAGUCAUUUGGAAGCCAAGAGAUCUAUCUACGUUUUGUUCAAAUAGCCGAGUAAUCUACUAUCUUGGCAGUAAUUACUUCUGCUGCAUUUCUAAUGUGAAUUGCCUGUGAGAGCUUAUGAAUACACUCUUUUCAAGUGUAUGUGGGUUUUCAAGGUAUGUAUUUGUGUUUGAUCCUAUAUUUCCUUUGUUAUAACAUUCUCCUGCUUUUCAUCACUUUGACUGACAGAAUAUUUGUAAAUUUUCUGGAUGGUGAGUUUGGGUAUAUGCUUUGAGGAAUAUGCUUCCUCAUUACAAAAGAUAUGGAAACAUAAUUGAUUACUACAUUUGCUUAUCAAUAGUAUUUUGAUUUUGUUUAAAUGAAAUGUUUAAGAUAUGUGGAUUGCUAUGCAUUCAUGUUUUAAAUUUAUCCUCUCCAGGCAUGAUUUAUGCCAUUCAAUAAUUAAAAUAACUAAGUUACUUUAGAAAAAAUGCCUAUUAAACAGAGUACUUUGUUUAGAGGAAGUAUAUUUAAAGAAACUUAUACAGCUAAAGAAACUGACUUUCACCUCCUCAGUGACUUAAUUUCACUACAUGCUGAUUUGUCCUUUGCAGUAUUUAGCUCAGACCAAGACAGAAUUGUGUGUGCUAUUAGAUUUGCAAAUUGCUGAUCUCCCAGUGACUUUCCCUCUUAGAUCCCAGUUGAGUAUGGUUACCUUGAGAACUGUGGUAUUAGCCGUGUUAGAGCAUGCUCCACUGGGGAGUUCUGUGCAGUCUAUUUUUAAUGCUAUUUAAUGAAGGAGCGAGCGCCUCACUCAGCAAUAAAAGAAGCAUGAGGGAAGACAGAGCAGUGCAUGGUUAUGGAUACUGGACAAGGAUAUUUGGAAAGGUUGACGAUGUGUCACACUGUGUAAGGGAAUCGCAUGGAGAUGGGCAUUCCGAACUGUUAAUGGGGACAUGGGACUCCAGUUGUCUCUGAUCUCUUGUGUGGAUUUUCCUGGCGUAGAACGACAGAAGCCGCUAGUAAGUCGCCAAGACCUGCAGCAGGAAUUCUGCACCAAAGGGCAUAAAAUCUUGUUAUUUUAAUUUGCAUCUGGGAGAAUGUCUGAGCAAGGAGACCUGAAUCAGGCAAUAGCAGAGGAAGGAGGGACUGAGCAGGAGACAGCCACUCCAGAGAACGGCAUUGUUAAAUCAGAAAGUCUGGAUGAAGAGGAGAAACUGGAACUGCAGAGGCGGCUGGAGGCUCAGAAUCAAGAAAGAAGAAAAUCCAAGUCAGGAGCAGGAAAAGGUAAACUGACUCGCAGUCUUGCUGUCUGUGAGGAAUCUUCUGCCAGACCAGGAGGUGAAAGUCUUCAGGAUCAGGAAUCAAUUCAUUUACAGCUUUCCAGUUUUUCCAGCCUGCAAGAGGAGGAUAAAUCUAGGGAAGAUGACUCUGAAAGAGAAAAAGAAAAGGAUAAAAACAAAGAUAAAACCUCUGAAAAACCCAAGAUCAGAAUGUUAUCAAAAGAUUGCAGCCAAGAAUACACGGAUUCUACAGGCAUAGACUUACACGAGUUUCUGAUUAACACAUUAAAGAAUAAUUCCAGGGACAGGAUGAUACUUUUGAAAAUGGAGCAGGAAAUUAUUGAUUUCAUUGCUGACAACAAUAAUCAUUAUAAAAAGUUCCCUCAGAUGUCAUCAUAUCAGAGGAUGCUUGUCCAUCGAGUGGCAGCUUAUUUUGGAUUGGAUCACAAUGUGGAUCAAACAGGAAAAUCUGUUAUCAUCAACAAGACCAGCAGCACCAGAAUACCAGAGCAAAGGUUUUGUGAACAUUUAAAAGAUGAAAAAGGUGAAGAAUCCCAGAAGCGGUUUAUCUUGAAGCGAGAUAACUCUAGUAUUGAUAAAGAAGACAAUCAGCAAAACAGAAUGCAUCCAUUUAGAGAUGACAGACGAAGUAAAUCAAUUGAAGAGAGAGAAGAGGAAUAUCAGAGAGUGAGGGAGAGAAUAUUUGCACACGAUUCAGUUUGCUCCCAGGAAAGCCUUUUUGUGGAAAACAGUAGGCUCUUGGAAGACAGUAACAUAUGCAAUGAGACCUAUAAGAAAAGACAGCUCUUUCGGGGCAACAGAGAUGGCUCAGGGAGAACAUCUGGGAGUCGACAGAGCAGCUCAGAAAAUGAACUCAAGUGGUCUGACCACCAAAGGGCCUGGAGCAGCACAGACUCCGACAGUUCCAACCGCAAUCUAAAGCCCGCCAUGACCAAGACGGCGAGUUUUGGGGGCAUCACGGUGCUGACCAGGGGUGACAGCACUUCCAGUACUAGGAGUACCGGGAAGCUGUCCAAAGCAGGUAGUUCUGAGUCCUCCAGCAGUGCAGGCUCCUCAGGAUCGCUGUCCCGCACCCAUCCACCUCUCCAGAGCACACCCCUAGUCUCAGGCGUGGCAGCUGGCUCUCCAGGCUGUGUGCCUUAUCCAGAGAAUGGAAUAGGGGGCCAGGUUGCUCCCAGCAGCACCAGCUACAUCCUCCUUCCACUUGAAGCUGCAACAGGCAUCCCGCCUGGAAGCAUCCUUCUUAAUCCACACACAGGCCAGCCCUUUGUGAAUCCCGAUGGAACUCCUGCAAUAUACAACCCACCCACCAGUCAGCAGCCCCUGCGAAGCGCCAUGGUGGGGCAGUCCCAGCAGCAGCCGCCACAGCAGCAGCCCUCCCCGCAGCCCCAGCAGCAGGUCCAGCCACCGCAGCCACAGAUGGCAGGCCCUCUGGUCACUCAGUCUGUCCAGGGGCUGCAGGCUUCCUCCCAGUCAGUGCAAUAUCCAGCAGUCUCUUUUCCUCCCCAGCACCUCCUACCUGUGUCUCCAACGCAGCACUUUCCCAUGAGAGAUGAUGUGGCAACACAGUUUGGCCAGAUGACCCUGAGCCGACAGUCCUCUGGAGAGACUCCUGAACCCCCAUCAGGUCCUGUCUACCCGCCCUCCCUUAUGCCACAGCCGGCCCAGCAGCCCAGCUAUGUCAUCGCCUCUACAGGCCAGCAGCUUCCUACAGGAGGAUUCUCAGGCUCUGGCCCUCCCAUCUCCCAGCAGGUCCUCCAGCCCCCUCCCUCACCACAGGGAUUUGUGCAACAGCCUCCACCUGCACAGAUGCCUGUAUAUUAUUAUCCAUCUGGUCAGUACCCUACCUCAACCACGCAACAGUACCGGCCCAUGGCCCCGGUUCAGUACAAUGCUCAGAGGAGUCAGCAGAUGCCACAGGCAGCACAGCAAGCAGGUUACCAGCCAGUCUUGUCUGGUCAACAGGGAUUCCAAGGCCUAAUAGGAGUGCAGCAGCCACCUCAGAGUCAGAACGUGAUGAAUAACCAACAAGGAACUCCGGUGCAAAGCGUGAUGGUUUCCUACCCAACAAUGUCUUCUUAUCAGGUGCCAAUGACCCAGGGUUCUCAAGGACUGCCCCAGCAGUCAUACCAACAGCCAAUCAUGCUACCUAACCAGGCAGGUCAAGGGUCACUCCCAGCCACUGGAAUGCCUGUUUACUGUAAUGUCACACCGCCCACCCCUCAGAACAACCUUAGGCUGAUUGGCCCACACUGCCCCUCCAGCACUGUCCCAGUGAUGUCGGCUAGCUGCAGAACAAACUGUGCAAGUAUGAGCAAUGCCGGUUGGCAGGUCAAAUUCUGAGAGCUCUGGCUGUGGUACAUUUCUUCAGAUAUUUCUCAUGGCCUUUGAUGGAAGAGGAACAAGGUGGGAAAACUGGCUGAGGACUUAACUAUUCACUCAACACUCAAAUGAUUGCUGCUGGUAUUCUGUAAAAAAUAAACAAAGACUAAUAUACACGUUAGCUGGUUAAUGGUGCAUAUUUCUGUCAUGUCUGCUAGGUAUGCCUUUAUAGCUUAGCUAGUGACAUGAAUUCAUCAAGGUAAGAUUUUCUCCUACCACUGAAUACCACUGUGUAGAUUAUAAUAUCCCUAAUUUGGAUUAGUUUUGUACUUUGUGUUGAGUUUGUGAUGCUGAAAGUAUUUAAAAAUUAUAUACUAAAUCACAUUGUACCAAAGCUGUAAUGGAAAAGCAAAGAAGAAUUGAUGAAUUGAAGGAAUAAUUUAUAUACAUCAUAGAGUUUUCUUUUUUAAUGGAUAUAUACUGUAUUGUAGUGUUUAAUCAAAAUAAAACUAUUUGACCUUAUGGAGGAAGGUCAUGUUUUUACCACCA